UACCUCCUGAUUGCUUUCUUUGUACGUUUGUUCUCAUUGCGCACGUGUACGGUGCCGCUCCACAUAUGCUUAUCGCGAUCACGAAUUAACAUUUGCCCAGGUGCUAGCAGUACUCUAUUAUGUCUCAAACUCAGACCCCGCCGUCUCUGUCGGCGUUCCCAACGUUCCCUACAAGAACCCAGAUCCGGCCACCACAGGGCCACCCAAGAAAGAUAGCGCCGGAGGCGCCGCCGACACCGGUGCGACAACGAAACCGACAUAUGGCGGUGGCAGCGAUGCCUCAGAGUUUCCGCUAGCCCUAACACCGACUGAUCCCGGCUGGAAUGAUUUGGCGGGCAUCAAGGGCGGACCACGCAUGAAUGCUACCUUUGUGACGCUGGCUCGCAACUCGGACAUCUGGGAUAUCGCAAAGUCCAUCCGUCAAGUCGAAGAUCGCUUCAACCGACGGUACAACUAUGACUGGGUCUUCCUCAAUGACAAGCCCUUUGACGAGGCCUUCAAAAAAGUAACGACCUCCCUCGUUUCGGGCACGACGCACUACGGCCUGAUCCCCAAGGAGCACUGGUCAUUCCCGCCACACAUCGACCAGGAACGGGCGAAGAAAGUGCGCGAGGAUAUGGCGCAGCGCAAGAUUAUCUACGGCGACAGCACCAGCUACCGCCAUAUGUGCCGCUUCGAGUCGGGCUUCUUUUUCCGCCAGGAACUCAUGAUGAACUACGACUACUACUGGCGCGUAGAGCCGUCCGUCGAGCUGUACUGUGACGUCCACUACGACCCGUUCCGUUUCAUGCACGAGAACAAGAAGAAGUACAGCUUCGUGAUCAGCCUGUAUGAAUACGUCGAGACCAUCCCCACGCUUUGGGACAGCGUCAAAAAAUUCAUGAAGAACCACCCGGAGCAUAUUGCUGAAGACAACUCCAUGGGCUUCUUGAGCGACGAUGGCGGCAAGACCUACAACCACUGCCACUUUUGGUCCAACUUCGAGAUUGGCAGCCUCCGGUGGCUCCGCUCCAAGGCGUACACGGACUAUUUCGAGUCACUCGACCAGGACGGCGGCUUCUUUUACGAACGCUGGGGCGACGCGCCGGUGCACUCGAUCGCAGCCGCUCUGAUGCUAAAGAAGGAAGAGCUCCACUUUUUCAACGACAUCGCCUACUGGCAUGUUCCAUUCACCCACUGCCCGACGGGUGAGAAGCUCCGCCAGGACCUCAAGUGCACCUGCAAUCCCAAGGACAACUUUGACUGGAAGGGCUACUCUUGCACAGCGAGAUAUUUCGAUAUCAAUGAUCUAGACAGGCCAGAAGGGUGGGAGACCCAGCAAGACUAGAUUGGUCUUCGCAAACAAGGGUGGCACAUAUGUACGAGUUGAGUGUGUUUGGGGGUAAGACACAGAUGAUGGCGGAUACUUUCAUCUAGACUUGUAUUAUCCCUAUCUCUAAUGAAUGGCUGGCGGUUUAUUCUCUCUUGUUUGAGCAUUAACAACGAAACCCCUGGGUCAUACAUGGGACGUGGCAAAAAAAUAUGCGGGAGGGAUUAUUGGAGGCGCAAGGGGUUAUCCAACUAUCUGUUACGCUUUUAUCUCUUCAGUUUUUUAUUCGAACUUUGAAAAGGGGGAGUGCGGGAGGAAAGUGUGGAAGGGGCAUUCGUUUGUACAUAUUCCCGAUUUUCUCUGGAAGUUCAGCAUGGCUGGGCUCAGUUUGGCCUUUGGCAUUUGGCGUUAAUUAGAAGUGGUACAACAUUCGUUACUCACGCG